UCUUCCAUGUGUGGACCACACCCAAAGUCUAAAUACAAGCCCGGGGAAGUAGCUGAAUUUGUUUGCCAGGACAAGAGUAUGUGUUAAACAGCUGGGUGGAGCUGUUAUUACGAGCGUAAAUUAUUUGCAAGUUGACGAAAUAGCUGAAACAAGGGGCACAGCUAUGGUAGCCGGACCGCUGCGUCAUUGUUUUGAUCAUUUGCAUACAACACGUGCUUUCAGGGAACAGUAACGGAGGAAGGUUUGACAGUUGAGGGAUGUGUUGACGAUGAACGCCAAAAUGUUUGAUAUUUGUCACGUCGGCUGCAUAGGAUAACGCUCCGCCACAAACAAUGUUUCACUGCAGUUAUUAUUUCAAAUUUGCUUCAGGCGGGAAAGGGAUAAUAGUACCUCGAGUUGCAAUGAUGGAAACGUAUCGACAUUCAAAUCGUGCAGACGAUCACGGAAUACUCUUUAGUAAAAUAUAUUUGACAAAUGGAAGGUUAAUUUUUGCAUGAUGGAUAUCGCAUAUGGAAAUGUGGACACUAUGCAGUAAUUUACUGGUAGAUAUUGGUGGAGGACGAGUGUUUGAGGUAGAUAACGCGAGUGUAUCGCAUUAUCAGCAUCCAAUGGUGAUGCCCUCGGACAACGCUAGAGGAGUCGCCAUGACGUGCGACCGGUGUCACUCAAGGAUGCAAUCCAUUGCAGAACUCUUGCUAAUAUCAUGCGACGCACGGCCAGUUUCAAGUGAAGAUCUUUCACCUUUUACGAAAUCCUACUCUCGGUGCCGUGAUGAAAUCCUGGAUAUUUUACGGCGGUUGAGUAACCUGAUGAAAGAUGUUGCUUCUCAAGUGACCAGUGUGACGUCAGUACAUUGGCAUGAUAUAAGCACCUGCAUUCAAGACAUGUGUGAUUUUGUUGUAAGACUUGUCGAGUGUUGCAGCCACCUUGCCUACCUCACAGCAAUCGACUUCCCCGAUUGUUCGCCAUCUCAAGCAGGGAUUAUUGACAGGUAUAAAAUCUGUCGAGCAAAUCUAGACAUCAAAAUAAGCUGCACUCGACUCAAAAGAUCCAGGCUUCACGACCUUCAUUCACAGUUUCUAGUCGAUAUAUGCUCAAAUAUAUCCCAAGCUUUAUCAAUCAUGACGGAUGUUUGUCGUACAGCUGGUGAAAAUGCGUCUGACUCGAGUGAUCAAGAACAGUUUAAACUAUGUGUGAAAAGUGUGACCUCAAGUACAAGUUGUCUGAUUGCUAGUAUCAAGUGUUUUAAGUCUCAUCCCAAUCCUCGUCAUCUUGGUCGAAUUGUUGCGUUCUGUGAUCCAGUAAUGACUGCCAGUAAUGCCCUUGUGACUUUCACUACCGAAGAUGGGUUUAUCGGGAAACCUGCACACCUCACUGCGGAUGCCAAGGAAAGCCAGAAGUCGAUUUUAGGUGCCUGUAUGAGCAUCGUGUCCGCCAACGUCCAAACCUGUCGUUCUGUCCGGGACCUGGCCUACGAUGUGAUGAAUGCUCGUCACCGGGAGAGAAUAGCUCUGUGUACCGAGUCGAUGGACCGGGCGUCGUCACAGCUUCAGGACAUCAUCAUGAGCUACAGUAUCGACGAUGCCUCCUCGGACACGACGUCAUCAACCGUGUCAUCGACGACUUCUAGAUAGAUCACUUGUUGAAAUCAUUCUUCUUCUAAGUCAAAGACAAUGACAACAUGAUGUUGAUACCCAAGUCAGUCAAUAAUCUCAAAGUUGUACAACUACAAUAGUCAUUUAAUCUAUGUUAUGAGUUCUUCUGAUAUUUGAUUUUAAUUGAGAAUUUGUAAUGUCAGCAAUGAAUUUGUUCAACAAAAUGUCCCACAACAAAGGGGGAAGGAGUUAUUUGGUAACUGAACAAAGAUGUCCCAUCUAAUCAAAGAUGAGAUACAUGAACCUCUUGCAGUCAUUCUAGGCAAGAUUAAGAAUGGAAUGAACCCUAGGGUCAUCGCUAAAUAUCAGUCAUGAUGGGGAGGAGGGUUCCAUA